GUGCUUCGCGACUGUUUCUGGUUCUGCUUAUGGUUGGGGGUUUGCUUGUGGGUCUACUCUCAGUCUUCAGUGGGGCGCGAACACGAGAGAUGUGCGCAAAAGCAGCAAAACGAGUCGUUGUAAAUAGUGAACCGAUUUCAAGGUCUUCUGGAUGGAUUCGUUAUAUCAGAAGAAACAGAGACUUUGAUUGUUUGGCGCCAUGUGUUGUUGGUGUGCACGAGUCUACUGGACGGUUCUGCACAACCUUUUUGCGCGCUUCCUCGGCGGAAUAGCCGAGCACAGCUGCUGCCGCUGCUGCGCUGUAUACCAACGUCAGGCGAGCGACAGUGACGUGGAUAUGGAUGUUGACAAAUCGGAUACUGAUGACGAUCCCCAGCAGCAGCAUCAGAGCGAUUAUGUCACUUCUGACGAUGCAGAGGUAAACUAUGCUGAGAUCGAAGAGCACAACAUCGAAACGGAGGCCUACUACUUCACAGUGGACCGUCCCACGGCUGAGCGCAUGCUGUCUGGAAGGGAGGAUGGUGCCUGUCUGGUACGCCCCUUCAAGGCCACCGACAUCUGCAUUAAAUACAUCGUGAGUAUCUGCGUCGGUGAUCAGUUUUACCACCUUUUCGUGCGUCAAAUCGACAGGCGGCAACGAUUCGCCAUAGGACAGAAGAAACUCCACGAGCGGAUAUUUGGCUCACCACGCGAGAUCGUUCAGUUUUAUGCCGAGAACCCACUCCUUUGUACCAGCAAGAGCCGGAGCCAAUGCGUCCGUCUGAUGCCCAUCAGCUAUGCUUAGAUAGGGAUAAUCUUUAUUGGGUGGCCACAACUGCCUUGAAGACGCACUGGUUGUUUUGCAUCAGGGCCGGCCAGAGGAAGGCCUUGAUAAGGUCCGAUCGGCGGUCGGAUUGCGGAUGACGUUCGUGCUUCUCGGGGCGUAGGAAUCCUUAGUAUGUUAAGCAAUCCUACGUUUAUAGUUUUGAUUAAUAUUAAAAAAUAUUUUCUUACCCAGA